CCACCACCCAUCCAUAACUCCAUCCCCACUUGCCAUACGCCACCACAUCCAGAACCUCCCAGAACCUCCAUCCCCCACCAUCCAUACGCCCACCACAUCCCAGAACCUCCAAUCCCCCACCUCAUACGCCACCACAUCCAGAAACUCUAUCCAGAACCUCCAUCCCCACCUCCAUACGCCACCAACCCAUCGCAGAACCUCCAUCCGAACACCUCUAUCCCCCACCUCCAUGACGCCACCACCACCCAGCAUCCGAAACCUCUAUCCCCACCAUCCAUACUCCACACCAUCCAGAACCUCUAUCCCGACCUCAUACCCCACCACAUCCGAAACCUCCAUCAGACCCUAUCCCCCACCGCCAUACGCACCACCAUCCAGAACCUCCAUCCCCACCUCCAUACUCCACACCACCAGCCGGCUCUAGCCCCCACCUCCAUACCCUCAGCCCCAUCCAGAACCUCCAUCCAGAACCCUCCAUCCCACCUCCUAUACGCCACACCUCCAGCACUCCAGCUCAGCCACUUCCCCAGAACCUCAAUCCCCACACCUCAUUCCACGCUCCUCUCCCAACCACCAUCCGAACUCAUCCCCAUCCUCCAUCCAAAGCCCUCCAUCCCCACCUCCAUCCAGAACCUCAAUCCUUCCCACCACCAUCCCCAUCGUCCAUCUCAACCCCCACUACCAUAA